AUGAGUAGUCUUUGUCUACAGAGGUUACAAGAGGAGAGAAAGAAGUGGAGAAAAGAUCAUCCUUAUGGGUUCUUUGCCAAACCAACUAAAAAGACAGAUGGAUCUAUGAACUUGCAGAAAUGGGAGGCUGGUAUCCCUGGAAGAGACGGCACUCUCUGGAAAAAUGGUCUUUAUCCUUUGACCAUUGAAUAUCCUGAUGACUAUCCGUCAAAACCUCCUAAAGUGAAAUUUCCAGCAGGAUUUUAUCACCCUAAUGUUUAUCCCAGUGGAACCAUUUGCUUAUCAAUCUUGAACGAAGAUCAGGACUGGAGACCUGCUAUCACCUUGAAACAACUCUUACUUGGUGUACAGGAUCUUUUGGAUUCUCCGAACCCUAACUCACCUGCGCAAGAGCCAGCUUGGAGAGCUUUCUCGAAAAACAUUAAGGAAUAUGAGAGGAAAGUCUCAGAACAAGCUCUUAGGUAUACCAAGUGA